AUGUCCCUCAUUUUACGACAUUUGCCGACAUCUUUCCUAUUUUCUGCUUUAGUUACACAGACACCCGUAGGUAAGAUAUGCAGUAUUUUCCUCACGUUUAUGAGAAGUAUAUUUUCACGUUGUAACUUUGCUUUAAAAUGAGUAUGGUCUUCUGUCGUGUGCGCCCUCGAAAUGAUUAUAAACACACUAAAAUUGCAUAAACUUUGGGUUGGCAAAGGGCUCUGAAAAUCAAAAAGAUCACUUCAUGCACGAUUUGUGUGAAUUGCUACCGUAUAGACACGUACACUAUGAUAAUUUAUAUCUAAUCAGUUAACCUGGUCGUCGACUGAACUAAUUCGGUUGUUAACUGGAUGGUCGGGAUUCACCAAGGGUUCGUCGUGAUGAAACGACCUGCGCUGCUGAUACACCUAUUCGUAUAAUGUGUUGGCUUGCCAGUGCAGUUUUUUGCCUAUUGAGUAUAUGGAUAUAGGCGCUGGAUACCGGUUGAAAGCCACUAUCUGCAGAUUAACUAUCUAGUCUAAGGCAAGGCUGCCUCCUGAGGACAUGUUAGGCACAAUUUACUGCGUAAACUACCUAAACUGUCAGGGUAACUACUGCGGCCUGACCAAAAAACGACUAAAAAGGCAGAUGCAUGACCACAACUUAGCUGUAAAACAAAAAGAUAAACGCUUACACAUCGCUAUGCACAGUCUGGAAUUACCAUUAAUCUGACUUUGGCGGUGCUUAAAUGAUCGGCCGGGCGGAAAACAGGCAAAUAUUCGAAGUCUGGUAAACAGACGACAACUCCAUCAACCGCAGCGACGGUCAACCGGCGCCAUACGAGGCCAGCAGCCACCACUUAAGUGACACAGAAGGCUCACUGAAGAUAGUGCUUGAUGGCCCUAUCAGGGGUGAACGAGAAGGACCCAUUUGUACCGUGUGGUCCUCAUAGUUCCCAUCUCCGAUGAUGCGCUCGAUUAUGCGUAUGAAACGUCAGAAAAAUAAAUCAUCAUCCUAGAGCUUGCCUUAUCAUCUCCUUUUUCAAUAUAUAUACAUAUAAAUCAAGGCGAUGCUUAAGGAGAAAUUUGAUUGCGCAGAUGUGCCAAAGUAGUGUUUUUGCAAAUAACUGGGGAGAAUCCUGUCAGUGUAUCUCCUGAGUUAAGGCAGAACCACACAGACAUUCGUGCGAUCCUUAACAAAAAAGUCUUUGCUUUUGAGAAAGCAAGCGCUGUGCAGGGCGGAAAGGGUCUAACAAAAGCACGGCUGGGUUUCGAUUCUGACACGCCAAUUCUUCAAUCAAAAGAAAAUCAAAAUUUUGCGCUUGAAGUAAUCCCGACCAUGUUUAUCAACUCAUUUUUCAAAAAUGGCUUGCAGCAAAAGGAAUAAUACACGGAUAGAGUGAACAUAGCCAAAGCGUGUACUUCAUUUUUGCUUUUAUACUCAACUAUUCUCUGCCAGUGAUGGACGUCCUUUUAAUAAGUUAUGACUGCUGAAAUUUAUCCCAAUUGAAAGAAAAUAUUGCUGCAGCUUGAUUAGAUCUAACUAUGAUACAAUACCGUGAUGCAAUAUGGAAAUUUAAAAAAAAACUUCACCUGAGAAUUUAUAUUAGUUGUUAAAGAGCUUCAUGCCUUUCGCUGCGAAUACAGUUAUUUGACCACUGAAAUGCUAUCCAGUUUUUGGCUGCCGCAGUCAGGGGAGGGUUGUUUAUUUUUUCACAUAUACUGUAAACCGAUUUAUGUCGUCAUAUUUAACGUAGUAAUCAUACAUCUAAUCGGAUCCUUUUCCGGGAGAGCCCUAACGUUGACCCGGGGGAAGUACAGAACAGCAUAAUCCCGCUACGUGAAAAGCAGAACUGUGUUCAGUAAAGAUGACCUUGUGUCCGCAUAAGGCGUUUGCACAGGAGCUAAGGCUCCCCUGGUCAAUGGCGAACCCAGUAUGAGUGUUCACACCCCCCCUGCCUCGUCGCAUUACGGCGGCGAAACAAAACAUAGCUAGCUACCAGACACCUUAAACUCCCGAUCCAGCUCCUGGCCUCUGAAAACCCUCAUCUCUCCCAUCAUCCAUGCGUGCUUUUAUUGACUCUUUAACGAUAUCUACUGUAAGGAAAUACAGGAUUAGCUUCUCAAUGACUGCCACAGUAGACAGUUAUUAUUGGCAUCCCACCCUCGUGAACGUCCACUCGGAAAGAGCCACUGCUUAUGUAACCCGAAUAAUACUUACUUUGCAUAAAAGAUCGAAGUUUUUCACAAACAGUCUGGAAUUGUACUUGUCCCCAAUAUUUCCCGUCCGUGCGCAAUUUAUAUCUAAUGUUCAUUAAAUACGUCAUCAUAUCUAGACUAUAGCGUGAGAAUCUUAGACGGCUUACGGAGCGCUUCAUUAUGAAUUGUGCGGGGGUUAAAAACCGCUUCCUUAUUGUAACUUUUCCAUUAACCGAAUUGUUCUAUUUCCUCGACGGCAAAGUUCAAAAGAGAAGGGGCAUUCCAUAAGAUAGGUGCAUUCACUACUUUAUCUGGAACUUUACAAUACAGAGCAUACAACUACACAUUACUUAGGUAAUGUGAUUUUUAAAAGUGUGUUUCAUACAAAUGGUUUUGAGACCGCACCAUCAGUAAUCGUUACGCUAAGAUCGUUGUUCUCAAGUAUCGUCCUUACCCGUUUUAUUCUUACAAACCCACCUUACCCACACCAACAGUUACACGCACGAUGUCCCUUGUUCUUAACAACUUUACUUCCAAAUUUACAAUUUAUGCCGUUGAUUUUAAGCUUUUAGGAAAGUGAACGAUGCAAAGCUUAGCACUGUUCCAUGACAAUAAGUAGCAGACCUCCCAAAAUGUCGGGGGUAAAGGAUGUACAGCGUAACAUUUCAUGACCUCAUGAAAGCCACUACUCAGCUAAUAAGUAGCACACCUCUAAUACUGGGGGAUAAUUUGUUAUGUUGAUGUCAGAAUGAACGUUGAAUAUGCGUUUGUUUUUUCUGGAACGCCGUUUUCACUUAUUGCUCAGGGUGUACUUGACACUUGCAAAUAUCGGUGUUCGUAUUUAGUUAGAUAUAAAUCGAAUUUAAGUCACGGUCCAGCAUACAACAUUAUCAGUAGUCCUGAAUUGACGUAAAUAAAAAAUCCGUAGAAUAUAUUUGGAUAAUAAUCGUCUAUAUGAAAAAUUGUCAAAAUUUCAGUCAAUUUGUUUUGCAUUUUUAUUUAGAGUAAAAAUUUGAUUGGACAGGCAUAGAUUUGACCUAAAGUGUUAAUUUUGAAACGCCUGCCAUUUUAACAUGAAGCAUAUUUGCAUUGUUAUAACUUCAGAAGACGAAAAUGAUACGUUGGAUUUCGAUAGUCAUGACUGUAAGUUGUUGCGAACCGAGAAGGGCACUUUACAACAUAGAUACAUAUACCGUUAUUGUCUAAAUCCAUUAUUGUCUCAUGUUGCCAUUAAUAAGGGCGUCUCAGAAUACCCCCGGACAAAGAAAGUUUAUCAGAAUGCAAAAGUACGUUCUUUUCUGUUUACUAGAUUUGGAAACAAUUUUCAAUGUUUCAUAUAAAUGUCUACUAUCUACAAAGGUCAUUAUUUUAUAUCGUCAUUGACAUUUUGGUCUAAAAAUUUUAACAUUUUGUUAAAAAAUGAGCUUUAAUAUGAAAAACUGAACGUGCCUAUGCACGGAAGAGCGCCAAUCAAAAUCUACGACGUGACAGUCUCGGGCACAAUUUAAAGAUUUCUAUACUUUCAGAGAUUCCAACAUUAGGUUUGUGCGCUAAACAUGAUUUGAGGCAAUCUCUGCAGCCGGGAACUGAUCACUGAUACUAAAUUAACUCGGUGAAAUAACGCAGCAUUUUCAUUUUCAUUCGUGACGUAAUUAAGUUGUAUAAGCGCGUGUCUGCGCAUCGGAGAGGUCUACAUGCAAGUAUUUGAACCCAUGUCUGAGGUUUUUCGUGUGAACGCGCAGCAAAAACUGUCGUAGCUGAUAUUUCAGGUUCGAGUCAAAAUUCUACGUGCCCACUGGGAUAUAAUGCCUCCUGAACGUAGCGGAUUUGUACGUAUCGCCCGCAGUUUACUAACAGGCCCUAAGUAGCGCAUGAGUAUAAAUUUAAAUUUACCAACCCUUCGGCUGAAUUUGUGUGGGUUCAGCUCAGACACUCGCAAAAUAUGCGGACCGAUUAUGAGAAGAUUCGCUUGAUAACUGUACUCCAAGUUGACAGGUUGAACCUUUAGGAAAAUGGUUAACUUAAAGAUCAAAACCCAAGGGCGUUUGUGUACAAAAAUAUACUGGAUAGGCGGGUAAACUGAUACACCGUAAAUGAUCACCGGCAAUGUAAAAAAUCGCUUGUGAUUCGUAGUUUGCGUGAUUUCAAGGCAAUUUGCUUCCAGUUAAACAUAUCCUUAAGGAAACUUGUUCAUGGUUUAUCAUCGAUUCUGCAUCAUUUAGGAAUUUAUACGUAUGCGAAGGGAAGGAAGUGGCCCAUAAGAACAUAGGAAAUAUGUGCCCCAAUGGCAAAUCAGCUGUCCAGGCGAGAAAGCAGAGAAGACGGCCGCAAAAUACAUACUUACAGGCAAAAAGCCAAGUGAAAUUUAAGAGCGCAUAUUUAAAAAUAAAAAUUAGUCUUCGCAACAACGAGUGGCUUAUAGGAUUCUCCGCAACGAUUCAGGAUUAGUUAUGCUUUAUAUGCGUAAGACAGAGGUUAUAGAAGUCUCUAUUCGGUCUGCAGCGCAAUUUCAACGAAAAAGCAUGAACGUCAGCCUCAUCUUAAUGACUGCUGGCGUUAAUAAUUUUCUUAAUUUCCGACAAAAUACGCGAUAUGUACACUUAUUACUGAUAAAUACACACAUAUAUAUAUAUGGAACGAGCAUGUUCCGUAACCUGAUCGGUGAGCGCCCACUAUCAUAAUAUAUAUAUAUAUAUAUUGAAAACAGGCAUCCCAAGAAUCAUAAUUCGAAAGAAAUAAGCUCUUGGGGAAGAUAAACAAGAUUUAUUGUAAAUUUUCGAUCUUGGUUUCCCAAGUCGUCUUCAGACGUGAAGUAAGUGUGCAAAACAGUUAACAUUUCAACACGCCGAAAAAAUAGAUUUAGCCUUGUCACUCCUGCUGGAGUAAUGUUCUGAUUGGCUAACGCCUUUUCCACUUUUCCAUGAGGCUGUUGUACACCGUAUCUAAUUCCACGUGUCGAUUGAUGCAUGCGCUAUCAGAAUGGAAAUUUAAUCUAUCCGAUGCGAAAUACCUAGAUUUCCUUGCAAACUUGGAGUCUAUAAAUUUAGUAGAAAACAUUACGGACGAUGAACGUUUCACUAUCCUGAAUAGCGCUGUACAUGCCUUAAAGAACCAAAAUUCCUUUUCAGUACUAUCGCACGAAGAAAGAAAGGCACUAAAAACAUUAAAAAGUUACGAAAGCAUUAUCAUACUUCCUGCGGACAAAGGAGGAUCAACUGCGAUUUUAAACAAAGCAGACUACAACGAAAAGAUGUUGUCAUUAUUAAAGGAUAGAUCACCCCACAAACUUCUUACCACGGACCCUUCUAAAACGCAGAGUACGGCCAUUGAAAAAGUUCUAACACGUCUCACAGGAAAAAAAGCAAAUAUCAGGAGAUAUUGCCAAAUCCUUAUGACAAAGUGAACCAGCCAUUGCAAAGAUCUAUGGACUACCUAAGAUUCACAAACCUGAAAUACCACUGCGACCGAUAGCAUCGUUAAUCGGUGCACCUAAUUACAAGAUUUCUAACUGGCUAUUCCACAAACUCUAUUCGUUGACAAAGGAUUGUGAAACAUCAAUCAAUAAUUCAACCCAGUUUCUAGACAAAUUACAAGGACUGAGAAUCGCAGCAGAUGAAAUAAUAGUAUCCUUCGAUGUCGUUUCUCUGUUCACCUCCAUACCAUUGGAUUUAGCAAGAAAAUAUACAGAGGAACGUCUCCAGUACUACGAUAUGGAUAUCCCUGCAUCUGCUUUGUUAGAACUCUUAGACCUUUGUCUAGAAACGAGCUUUUCAUUUGCACAGGAAAACUAUCAACAGCUGAAGGGAGCCCCUAUGGGAUCACCCAUCUCCGGUUUUCUCGCAGAAAUCACGAUGCAGAAAUAAGAGGCUAUCGCCUUACCACAGGUUAACCCCAAAUUAUGGGUACGAUAUGUUGAUGACACGUUUGUCAUUGUUACAAGUGAUCAACUGGAAAUACUCCACAAUAUUAUAAACCCGACACUUCCAGGAAUCACAUUCACACUCGAGAAGGAGGCUGACAACAAACUCCCGUUUCUUGAUGUCCUCGUAAAGAGAAAGCCUGACCCGACAUUUCAUACUUCGGUUUACCGCAAAGAAACCUACGCGGAAGUUCUUUUGCAUUACGAGAACAAUCACCCGAUCUCUCACAAACCGAGUGCCGUGAACAGCCUCCUUAACCGAGCAAGAACUCGCUGCACCGACAGCGAAACAUAUCAAACAGAACUGAAGUAUUUGUUCAAACUGUUUUCCCAGAAUGGGUAUCCUAGAUAUUUUGUACACCGAUGCAUGUGACGACAGGAGUUAAAAGAAAAAGAGAAGGAACUAGAUUGUUCCGAUCAGGCGCCUAAAACAAAAAAACUGGCGAACACUUCCGUACAUUAAGAACGUGUCCGAACUAGUUGAAAGACACUUGAGGAAGCACCAAAUACAUGUGGCGCACAAGCCGACGACUACACUUCGUAACCAGCUUGCACACCCUAAGUAUAGGGUUGGCUAUUUAGAAAAGAAGGAUUCGUCUAUAAGAUACCAUGCAACACCUGUAAUGCAGUUUACUGUGGUAAAACUGAGAAAUCAGCCUCCACGUGAAUACAUGAACAUCACUUGGCCGUAAAAACGCUCGACCACUUGUCCCAAGUUGCCAUGCAUACGUUGGAAACGGGAACCGAAUUCGCCUGGGACAGGACCCGCAUUGUAGGUGUCUGCUCAUCCAAAAAGGGCCGUGAAUUUUUAGAGACCAUCCAUUCUGAUAGCGCAUGCAUCAAUCGACACGUGGAAUUGGAUGCGGUGUACAACAGCCUCAAGGAAAAGUGAAAAAGGCGUUAGUUAAUCAGAACAUUACACCCGCAGGAGUGACAAGGCAAAAAUCUAUUUUUUCGGCGUGUUGAAAUGUUAACUGUUUUGCACACUUACUUCACGUCUGAAGACGACUUGGGGAACCAAGAUCGAAACUUUACAAUAAAACCUGUUUAUCUUUCCCAAAGAGCUUAUUUCUUUCGAAUAUAUAUAUAUAGAACAGGGUAUUCUGUCACCCUAGCGUACAGGUAUCCUCCAUCCACAGCGCAGUUGACAGCACUGUCUAGCACACUGACGAUAGUCACGAUGGAGAAUUGCUUACAAUGCAGGCCUAUGUGGACAGGGCUGAACAAGCCUCAAUGUUUUCUCGUUUAGAUCAUUCCACGGAAAUAUUUACAUCUACGGCACUUGACAAUGUGACCACAGCAAGUACGUUAUAGGCCAACUUUCCUUUUCAUACUUGAUGACGUUUGCUUUUACAUAAUAAAAAAUACCUAGUCGCUUACCACCGAUGAACAUAGGAUAACAGGGGAAGAAACACCACUCAUAAGGGCAAGGCCAGGUUGUGUGCAAUUCAACUCAAAUAAUCAGCACAAUACGGCGAGAGCUAAUGUGUAGAUAAUUAGGCUCGGGCCAGUGCGCAAAUGUCAUAGGGAAUAAGCAGACAGAUCGCAGAACGUAGAUUUGCGAAUAUGCAGAAUCAGCCGAUAGACUGCCGUGAAGUUAAUGAAAUCACUGUCAUCGAAAAACUGCAGAAAGUAUGGUCUAAGCUGUGUGAAAACACUGAAUGUUCCGAAGACGCACUUCGACGACGUGCAAAAGGAUGCGGACGGUGGGUAUAGAGAGGCGAAACACUCGAGAAGAAUAAUGCUGAUGCAAGGUCAGAAGCCAACGCUGGAGAUUAAGUAGUAAUUAAGGUACGAUUAAAGCGUUUUUGGAGAGUCACUCAACACCGCCAACAGAGUACAUUUGCGCUCAAACUAAGUGUUGCAGCGCAAUGUCGGUGGCAAGUAAAAAGUGGUAAGGCAGUAGCAUGUUUUGCUUUUGAUUUAAUCUUUCAAAGCCAAAAAAUAACGAGCAUUUUAAGUUCUGUAUAAAUCCUGUUUAUGCAACCUUCACAGGGCUUUUCUUUGUUUUUUUUUCAUCAGAAACAUACAUGACUACAGACGAAGGAGAAGAACCAACAACGACUGAUUUUACACCUGUCGGUAUGACACUGUGCUUGCAACUGAAAUACAUGUUCACUUACCUCACGCAUGUAUACUGAGAUAUCACAUAGGCAGGGCAGUAAUAUUAGUAACCAUAUAGUAUGAUCUCAUGAUAAGUUCAUAAGUUUUCGACGCGGGCCUUUAAAGGAACGCAUUCACGGCCAUCUGCAAUAACUACACUGUGUAAAAAAUGGAUACUUAGCUCGAGGUUUUUCGUUGACUUUAAAUGUCCUUACAAAUUUAAAUGUACCUCAUAAAAACGUGCAUAAAAAAUAUUCAUCCAUUUACGCAUUUUGCGGCAAAUUUCGUCUUCUGUAAGUUUCAUACUUGAAGAAGAAUUAUAAUUUAUGUUCAAAAAAUGAUUCUAUUUCCCGAAAAAUUGAAAGGAUCCCUGCCGACACAUUGGCGAUUAGGAUUUUAAAACUGCAAUUUGUAUAUUUUUAGUGUACGAAAAACCAUCCAUUUCUCUACAGUUUUAAAAUGAGACUAUAUAGGUUUUUAAAAUUUAGCAAUGGAUUUGAGCCAUAUUGCAAACUUUAAAAGCGACAUUAUUAACAGCAGAGAUAUGAGGUUUUAUGAACGAGAAUUUUACGGUUUUUAAAUUCCUGUGAUUAGAAACUGCCAAAAGUCGAAUUACACCCUUCCUUAAAGUAGGAAAUUUAUAAAAGACCUAAUGUGCCACCGAAUGUGUACAAAAAGAAUAUUUUUAUGGGAUGAUUUCUAUGAGAUAUAUUUCAAUUUAUGAGGCUACCUAAAUUCAAUUAGUAAAAUUCGUGGUAAUUUAGUAACCAUUUUUACAGAGGGUAGUUUUUUGCAGGCGGCUGGAUAGGAGUUCCUUCAAAUGUCGCCACCUUGAAGUAACUGAAUUAUCAUGGGAUUAUGCUCCAUGGUGGUUAAUAUUACUACCCUACUCUUUUUGAAUCGAAGAUGCAUUUCAGGAUUUGGGUUAGCAUUUCGUGAGUUAGCACAUCUACUGCAUGUGAUUUAGCUCGCGCAGUUCAACCGACUUCGCGCUACAGAAUACGCCUGAGAAUUUAAAUUUCCGUCAUCUGUUAAAGAUAAAAAGAGUAGUAAAGUAUGAAAAAGUUGUGACUUGCAUAGAAAAAGCAAGCAUCAUUUUUGACUCUACAUCAUCUGGUAUGCGUUUGUUUUGGAGAGGGCAAGCGGCGUGGACUCACGGUCGAAAUCGAAAGGGGGACUCGACCAAGCGUUUAACCAAGCCCCCGGGCGUGAUACGCGCACGAAGUUAGACGGCCGACCGGCGUGCACUGCAGCGCCGAGCACGUGCAGGUGGCCUUGCUCACGCGUCCGGCCCAAUCAAUAGCUGGUCGAACAUUCAAGACUUUCGCAGGGAAAAUAGCGCACACGCGAUGAUCAAUCCGCGACCAGCAUGCCAUCGGCAGGAACGUUCUGAAACGCUCUCAACACUGGCACGCCAUUGGCCGGAAUAUUCUGGAAAGCACGGGGGCAGACUGCAGAGAUAAGGCCGCUUUCUGACAAGUUGUAACAUCUGGUGUACGCAGACUGCCAAUAAGGUGCUUGUUCUCCGAACCGGCUGCGGAAACCCCUUGCGAACGACGAAGCUGACAUACGAAUUGAUGAUUUGCCAAGAGGUCCGCGCGAAAAGAUCUGGAUACCUGACCCACAGGAAUUAUUUGAGUGCAGAAGUCUGCUGGCCUAGCUGAGCUUUUAAAACCUCUACGGAGUGUGAUGAAAUUCUCGAUGGGCGCCUACCAAGAAUUCUAACCGGACGACAAUUAGGGACAGUCAGCUCGCAUCUGGAAUGAUAUGCAAAUUAUCCAAUAUUAACCCGGCCGAGCCCUCUAAUAAUACCGAAUAUUAAAUUAAAUUAUUUGUGUUAGAUAUGUCCGUCUGUCAAUGAGGAUGGCAUAGGAAUUCUGCGUUAAAAAAUGUCUGACAUUUUCGGUGAAAUCAAGCGAGGAGCUUCCUGGUCGCUCCAUUUCACAAAUAUGUGAUGCAUUUGAAGUGCGGUCAAAACAGAUUUGUUCGGUUUCUGCUUGUAUUUCUAAGAUGAGUAGUCUUAGAAUUAAACUCACGAAUUAUCAACCUACUUUCAAAUUAACAUCCGGCUCUGAUCUUUCGGGAAUAUACUAUUUUUUCACAGAGAUUAGAGACUUUUAGUUUCAUUUUGAUUAAUCUGUGCGGAAUGGAGUGUCAUAAUUACUUACAUAGCUUUCUUAAUAGCAUUUGGUCGAAUUUUUUCCGGCGUAUUUCUAAUAUCUGUCGAUAAAUUGCUGCAAAGGUGACAAAAUUAUUCAGAUCCUUCAACGUUCCAAUGACAGUGUCAUCACGUGACGCGAGCUGACCAAGUGAUGAAGUUCUGUGAACGCAGUGAAGAGAUGCACAGAUGUGGAUCGGCACGGGAAGGGAUAUAUGCGACGGACGAGGAGAAUGGCCAAUAAGAAUUGCAGAUUCAGGACCAAGAGUAUGCUGAAAGGGUUACUAGACAGCUGCAAGACGAGUUAUGCGGCCGUCAGCAUCCGAACAGUUUAUCAAACCAGACAUAGACGACGUCUUCCUAUGUACAGACGGGUAUGGCACAGUCAUAAAAGUAACGCAUGCGGAACGACGGGACCUGCAGUAUGCACUCGACAAAACAUAAGCAUUUGCAGGAGGGAGUCAAGACACUUUAUCAGGUCCCUUAUACCUACCUUGUUUGUCCUUUUUCCAGGAACGAACACAACUAUAGAAGAGGUGGAAGAAUCAACAACCAAUGAGAGUACUACCCCUGGUAAGGCAUUCUGCUCACAAAUGACAUUUGAGCAUAAUACUAGUUUCCUGUGUUGCAUCAUCUUUACUCCAACAUGUGUAUCCUGAAUAAUGCUCGAUAAUGUAGCACAGAAGUACAUUUGUGUGUAUUUUAAAUCCCAGAGGAGAGCAGUAGCAGCAGCAGCAGCAGCGAUGAAUGGACGACUGAAGUUGAAUCCACGACACAACUGGAAGACACUUCUUCUGCAACUGGUAAUUUCAGAACCCACGCAGAUGAUCAAAUACAUUGUUUUAUUUUUUGCGGGGGAGUUGUACUAACUAGAAGCAUGUUCGCCCAGCAUCGAGCGUGGUCCCGUGCACGGUGUGGUAUAACUGACAAUCUAAACUUGCAUGCAUCGAGCGCGGUGGUUAGAGAAGUGAUUUUUGGGAUAAUCCAGCAGUGGAAUGCGUUAUGUGUCACCUUCAUAUGCUCCACGGAUUGGGAAGAAUGUAUGUGUUAUAUGGCAGUAGCAUUUUGACCUCAAACGUUCUGUGAUUUGGCUGACCAGUUUUAGCUGAAUUGGAUUAGCUCUAUUGGCAUAAACCGUCGCGUAGAUGUCUGAGAAAUAAAAUGUUUGUCCUGUAGUGGAGGGGUGAAUAUGCGAUCAGUUUGCUGAAAUACGGUUUAAUUAUAUGCGUAUGUGCAUCAUUGUGAUCCUCCUCCUGCUCCUCUUCCUCCUCUUCCUCCCCAUCAUCAUCAUCGUCAUCAUCAUCAUCAUCAUCAUCAUCAUCAUCAUCAUCAUCCUCAUCAUCAUCGUUGUGGUGGUGAUCAUGAUAAUAGCGAUCAUAAUAAUAAUAGUGAUCAUCAUCAUCAUCAUCAUCAUCAUCAUCAUCAUCAUCAUCAGAGAAUUCUAUUGUUGGAACACUGAGCAGAGGAAUGCGUUGCGGGGCACUUUCAUAUUCUCAGGCGGAAAAGGGGAAAUAGCAUGCGUUAUUUCUCAGAAGCAUUUUGACGUAAAUUUUUUUGCGAUUUUGUUGGGCUGUUGUAGUUGAAUUCAAUUAGCUCCAUCAGAUUAACCCUUUGUGCAGAUGCACGAGGCGUUAAAUGUUUGCCAUGUAGGUAAAGUGAACAAAAUCACCAGUCUUCUGGAGUGCAAAAAGAUCAUCUCCAGAUUUGCAUCAUCAUCAUCAUCAUCAUCAUCAUCAUCAUCAUCAUCAUCAUCAUCAUCAUCAUCAUCAUCAUCAUCAUCAUCAUCAUCAUCAUCAUCAUCAGCAUAAUCAGCAUAACCAGCAUAAUCAGCAUCGUCACCACCACCACCACCACCCCCCACCACCAUGUUUAUAAACCAGCCUCAUCGGAGAUCUAAAAGCCACUUCUCCCUCCCUCCUCGUCCUUCUCCUCUCCCUGAUCCUCCCUUUUCAUUAUUAUCAUCAUCAUCAUCAGCAACAGCAGCAGCAGCCGCAGCAGCAGCCUCAUCAGCACCAUCAUCAUCACUAUCGUCGCAUUUGUUUUACACUAUUUGUUGCGAACUAUGUAACAUGGACCCUGGUUUAAACCGGUGAAGUAAUAUCCAGCCCAGCAGACUGUCAGUGCUCGCUGGAGACCGCUGUCUCAUAUGCCCGGCAGUGCUUGAAUCGUGAUAUUUUGUUCCUAAAGCAUAUUUGUGCAUAUUUUGAAACACAGAGGAAAGCAACAGCAGCAGCAGCGAUAUGCCAUCGACUGAGCCGGAAUCCACAACGCAGUCGGGAGACACCUCUGCUACAACUGGUAAACCAUGAUCGCGCACAGUUACUUAAGCAUCCAUUUUGCAAGUAGUAUUCGUGCAUUCCUCUCUGCACGUCUUUUUGUUUUUUUUAUCGUUAAAUAAUUUUCUCUUUUUUUGGCAGCGCUCCUCUCAGUACACGUUUCUUUAUGAUUCUUUAUUUUGAUUUUAACGCGUUCUUGAAGUCAUACUAGAAAUUAGGGAAAGCUUUCGAAUAGCCGUUUUGUACACUGGUCGCGCAAAUAACGGCCUUCACAGGCUCUAUCCCCCGAUGUGCUUCGAUGAACCUGGAUCCGAUUGAAGAGCGUCUUUAUACAAGUUUGUUUUUGAGUCACCGGUUGAUUGCUUGGAAAACUGAGAAACUGUGAAAUGUUCGUUGGCCUCCUACAAACCAUCGUUUCAGGUUUGCCGUUUAGGUUUCAUCUGACGAAAACAUCCCGGAAGUGCAACGACUGCUCCUGUUCCUUUUCCCUCGUAAAUUGUAUAUCAGGGGAGACUGCGUUGAGCAGGCUGUGGAAAUGUGGUAACAUGUCCUUCUUUACGAAAAAACAGACGUGUCGUCUACGUAAAGGCGUCAAAAUACCGGGUCAUGAUGGAUGAAGGCAAUUUCUUCUAACUCCUGUAAGAGCAGUUCUACCCCGAAAUCGGAGACCAGUGAGGCCGCUAGACCUCCUCUUAUCUCUUCGUAGAUCUCCUCAGAAAAAAAUCGAAGAACGUUUUUUUGGCAGAAUUCAAACAUGCUUAUGAGGUGCUCGAUUCUGAGUGCACUUUGAGCCUCGUUGUACGGCUCUUAAAAUCUCUUACCCCAGAUUUCGAGUGCCACGCUUGUUGGGGUGGAUGGGAAUGACGACCUCGCAUCGAAGUAAACCAUGGUCUUGUCCGAUUGAAUCCUCCGACAUCGGAGGCCUUUGAGGAACUGAGAGGCUGAUCGAACUGAGGUGGUCGAAUUGCCUUGGAGGAACUUCAGUUUUGAGGGCAUCCACUUUCUGAAACUACAGGAGUGGCUACAUUUUAGGGAGACAUUUUCCGGCAUGGGGGCAUUUUUAUUUUCUGCUAAACGGCUAUCCUAAAGCAUUUAUAAGUCGCUGCGGACGCGGUUGACCAUAGAGGACCUUAUCAUUAACACCACUAACGAUAUGGUAUCCUCUGCUGUACACUAAGGACGUUUCAGAAGCAACCAAACGCUUUGCUGCGGAGUCAGAUGUUAGAAUUGCACACUACCCGAAGCCACCAUGUGGAGUAAAGUCAUGACAACGAAAAAUCGAUUAAAUCCUGAGAAGCAAUUUGGAGUGCUGUAUCUCAUCCCGUGUCAAGACUGUGCUUGUAUUAACACAGCCAGACAGAACGCAUGCUCAAAUCGCGCAUACACGAACAUAAGCCGGGUGAGCGAUGAGGCGACAAAGUAUCAUAAGUGGCUGACCACACCUGCGAAACUGGCAUGAGUUUAACUUCGCAGUCACCAAAAAACGUCUACUCCGGAAACAAAAUAGGCUAAGAACUGACUGGAGCCUGGGCUUCAGACGAGAACUCUGUCAGCUGAUUUUUCGAUCUGGCGCUGGCCUACAGAGCCCUGCGCAGUCACCUCCAAUCAUACACCGCAUAACUGCUGCUUAUUCUGUCGCUGUUACUGUUGCUGAUUAUAGAAUCCUUGGCUAGUUCUAAAGCUCAGAACCACAAACAGAAUGUUCCGGUGCUCGAAUACCCUUCCCUCUCACUUAUAGUCAUGUAGGUUUUGCCCAAUUUUGCUGUAUACAUGAACCCUGAUUUGGAAUCGCGAAAUACCCUGCCUAGUCGAUUUAAAAUGCGGACUGGAGACUGAACGGCAUCUAUUAUGCCUAUCAUUGCUUGGAUCGUUUCGUAGAGCAAAAAAGAUAGGGGGACGAAUGAGCGCAAUCAUCAGGCAAGUGACCUGACAGAUUCUACGGACCGUUGUAGGAAGGCCACGGAAUGAAGGCCACUGGGAUUAACGGCCUUCGUUGUUCCACGAGUUGACUAAUUGUUUAUUCAUGCGGAAUAUGUUAGCAUCUGCAAUUUGGAGCCCGGUAUUCGCACAGCCAGUUGGUACUGGUGACUUCUCAUCUGCAGUUCUCGACCAAUUACCUUAACCUAUUUAUCGAGUUUGAAGUUGCAUUUUAGAUAGAUGCGAGAUUAAACCGCACGUGUGCAUUUUCUAACACAGAGCAAAACAUCAGCUAUGAAACAACGGGUGAACUGGAAUCAACAACGGAAAUAGAAGACAACUUUUCCGAAAGCGGUGUGUUGAUAUUUAUCCCAAAGGUUAUAUGGGUUAUUUCCCUUUUUCUCCAGGGAGAAAGCGGUACGAGCUAAAGACCAAUAGUAGAGUCUUAAUGACCUCGAAGAUAAUGUGUAAUGCAUGACUGAAUGAUUUUUUAUCGGAAUAAGAAAUUCUGAUUACUGCGUGUGUUGUACAAGAAAGACCUGACAAAAUCCACCUAACAAAUGGGGGAUAAUGUUGAGACGAAUAAGGUCGUACAAUGCGUUUGGAGGGAUAGAUGUUUGUUUGAAUUUGCGAUCCGGCAUAGUAAGAAGCAUUGUUGCAUCAGUUGAUUGCUGCUCCUUGAUUGCAAAUAACGGAAAUAUUGGAGGAAUUCCGGUUCAUUGACUAGCAUAACACAUUUAUCGUUGCAAUACGGUAAAAUUGACGGGAGAACCGCGUGAUUAAAAAGUGAUUUUGCUCUUCCCACGAAGAACUCAGCAUACUCCACCUAUUAUUAUGCACUUUCAACUGUCGUACACUCAGCACGCCUUUUCUGUGUUUGUAUAUGAAGACGGGUGUGACUACGUGGGAUUUGUAGGACUUAACAACUCCUGAUAAUACUACCGUUGGCACAAUAUUUAAUUGAAGCACAGAAUAAGACAUUUUUCCUUUUUGACGUGUUUCCUUCUCUCUGACCUACAAACGCAUCCAGUAGCUAGAGUGAUGCCUUGGUAUUAAAGCGCGUUCGUGUACUCACAAACCUCAACGUAAAGCCGCGGUUGAAAAUGACCUCUGAAAUCCAAAAACUACCUCCAAAAAUACUUACUUUUAAACCCUAGAGUGACUCAAGCACGCUGCAUAUACAUCAAAUUUUUCUAGAACUUGGCUGCCAAAAACGAAGUGUAAACAGUGCAGACUAAUUUUGCAUAGUCACAAAGGCAGAUGCACGACUGGACUCAACAAAAUAGAGGAGGGCGUUGAAGGAUAUGUUGCGGAUACGUGGCAAGGACGCAUCAUAAGUCUGCAUUGGGAACUUUCAAAUCCUCAAGAAAAAUGUAUUAUACCUCAGCACCCUGUAGACGUCCAUUCGAAAACUGUUCGUUCCAUUAAAAUAAUUCAUGUUUAUUUAUAGAAAGUGAGAAAACCUUUUAACGUCAGAAUCGAACCUCCUUGGCUAUUUUAUUUUUGGAGAUAGUAGUGACAUGAGUGUUAGGGGAAUCCGGCAUUUUCUUCAUCCUUUUGCCUAGUUAGUGGCUUGAGUGUUAGGAAAAGCCUGCAUUUUCUUCACCCUUUUGCAUUGUUAGAGGAAGCUAAUAAAUAUAUCAGAUAUGCACGAUACAUCAGUUUGUACGUAUGUUUGCGUGGGAGUUAUAUUUCAGUGUAUGAGGUGAGUUUCCUGAUAGUUAUAUUUGUAAUACUUCAUUUUCAAGAAAAUAAAACUUUAAACGCUAAAUUAACAAUCGGCUUGCAUUAGCAUAACCACUGCCCUGAAAUAGAUCGAUAAAGCAAUUCCAUAUUAAAAAGAUAUAUUGGAUGUGUGUUGACCAAUCACGUAGUAAAAACAAUCAUAACCAGGUGGAAUAUAGAUGCUCUCGCAAAGUUUUGACGUUAUGAUUUGCCUACAAAGUCUCCGUUUGGCCAAACGUUUCCCAAAAAUAACGGUGGAAUUUAUUGAGACGUCCUGACUUUCGUUGGCACUUUGACUUGGCUAAAAAUCACGCCUGGACUAAACUCGGUCCAACCGAUGAAUAAAGUACAUCCACAUCUUUUGUAAAUCGCAGGACACUACGACAUGGAGGAUCACAUUGACUUAGGCGCUGAGGAAUGUGAGUUUGUAUAGAUCUUGAAAAUCUUAUAAACAAUGACAAACAGCAGUCGGAGGGCAUUGCUGUAACCUUCUAUAUCUAAUUAUUUUAGGGUGGGAUAAGGUACAGCUGGACGACGACGUGUACCUGCAAUGCUCAGGCAAGAAUUAUUAAACAAAUUAUCGAUAAAGUCGACGGACAUAAAACUGAAACAUCUAUAAAGAAAUAAAUCAAAACCCGUCGGAAUCAAGCGUCGAAUGAAUUUUAAAAACGUACAAUCAUGAGGUUCAUUAAACCUGCACACUAUAACCAGUACCUCCAGCAGACAAAGAUUUGAAAUAGCUGGAGCUGGUGAUCAGCUUUUUAGGAGUGGACAAAAAUAUCCGGUAGUUUAGGACAUUUCAGUUUUUGCUCAACAGUCCUGGGUACUUUGCCCUGACUGCGUAAGCAACAUUAUGACACCAAGGCAUUUUGACUCUGGCGCUAAAAUGACAGCCAGUAAUGCAUACUCCUUCUCAAGGCACAAUAUGAAACGGUUAGCGUUGGAACUGAGGUGCAAUUAAUAACCUCAUUUCAACUGAUGCAUUGUGCACAAAUGUGUAGACGAACAGCAUACUGCAUAAAGCACGCAAACAUGGGUUCAUUUAGUGAUCGUACACUCUUGUAAGUUUUUGCGUUUUACCUGUUCGCAAAAGGAACAUCAUGGUUCUUCCUUUUUGCACAAAGAGGGUCUGAAACGAAAAAUUGCGAGGAACCACAUGAAGCCGAUUGAAGUCCAAAAUUUACUUGCUAGAUCUAAUGUGGUUUUUCCUCUUUGUGGAACAACUAGUGCAGUAAAGCAGCCCAUCAUUAAAUAUGUCGGCCGUAACGUGCGUUUUUUGUGCAGCCGAGUACUUAAUGAUCGCGCUGCUUAGCACAGCGGACAUUUGCUACUUAAACUGAGUGUGGUUAAACCACAUAACUUAUAAGGUAUUUCUUAAUAAAUGGUUUAAAUCAGCAAGAAAUGCUGUGCAAUAUUGGUAAUCUCACAUCAGUUUCAAAAAAGUGCCGGUGUGGUAAUUUUAGUGGAGGUCUGUAAAAUUCUUUAAAUUUGUUUUCGCAUUCAAAUAUUUGUUGGGAUUGGAUUACACUUUACACGAAAUGGUAAGACUAUACAACAUUACGUAACUUCUCUUGGGAUUUAGCUACGUUCGGCAACAAAAAUUCUACACGUGUGGACACACCCUCUAUCAGUGAGUCUGAACUGACGCACUUGCAUUUCUAAUUGAUUCCUCAGAACUACUCCAAAUCAGUGUCUACUUGUAUUCGCUCAACUUCAUAUUUUUUGUUAAUUUCAUUUGGUUUGUCAUUACCAAAACUCCAUUUUAGUACCGGAAAUCUAUGGAAUAGACGAAGUGAACUUUUCUGGCCCAGAAUGUAUGUCGGCACAUUUGCGAGUAGAUAUAAAGAGUCUGAGACUAUAUCCGCUUACAAAAAUGCGCAUGUUCAUGCAUUCUAGGGAAUACAGAGGUGAAAGAUGACGAGGACUUCGACAGUGUUUGCGAAAGUAAGUUCCUCUUCUCUGUCGUGAACGUUGUUCGUCUGUUCAUUAGUCAGUGUGGCGGAAAGGGCCAUGCAUCUGUUGUCAUAUUUUGUCUUUAUUUUAAAGGCAGAUGCAUCUUAAACAGAGUGUAAGGAUGCAUAAAACGAUGCGGUAUUGCUUAGAUCAAUUUUAAGUGAAUAAUACUGCCCGGCGAUAGACGUAGAAUCAGUAAUCUUGGAAAAUGUCCUAUGCUGAUUAGUACAGCUCAGCAAGCGAGUAAUCAAACUACAAGGCAUCCAGCGGCAUUGUCGUUGAUAAAAUAGCUCAGAAAGGUUACCAGACAUUUGAAAAUAUAUUUCCGACUCGAAAAGAUCACCUACAGUACCUGUGCUAACUCAUGAAAUGCCGAGGUCAAAAUUAUAGUGGACAAUGUAGUGUAUUUUUGGUGUCGUUAUUUGUGUUUAUUUGGUUGAAAUAAGGACGAAAUGACCGUUUUCUGAAGGAAAGUUUGAUACGGAUCUGUAUAUUAAAUAGAAAACGGGCCGGAUUAAGGCGAAAUCGGAGGAUUCCUGAUAUUCAAGCAGUUUCCUACGCUAUUAAAGCUUUCGGAUGGAAAUUCUUUGUGUAANCUGCAGCGGCGGAAGGCCAUGAUUAAGCCAUAUUUAAGUAGAAAACUAAUUAGAGAACGGCUUUUAUUUGCUAAGAAUUAUAUUGAAUACAGAUCUUCAUUUUGGAAGAGCAUUUUCUUCUGCGAUGAGGUUCUAUUUUUAGACAAGCCUACGAAGUCGCUCCAAACUGUCAUAUGUGGAAAGAACUUCCCAAGAGAACAUACUACACCGACGGCAACAUUCAAGAACUGUCGGCGGAUGAUGGUUUGGAUGGCGAUUAAAUUCGGUGAGCGGCCUGUCUGGCGGUCAACAUCCGACACCAUCAACAGCAAGGUGUUCAUUGCAAUUGUCAAGGAUGCUUUCGGCUACAACGGCAUAAGUCGGCGCCGAAUGGAUACUGUAAUUUUGCAGGACAAUGCACCUGUCCACCGCUCUAAAGAGGUACGAAUUUGAUGCCGCUUGCAAACAUAAUCUAACAUUUUAGACAACAACCACGCUCUCCGCAAUUGGCCUCCAAUCCAUUUUCAUCCCGGCCAACAGUCCCGACCUUAAUCCCAUCGAAAAUCUUUUUGGAAUAGUCAAAAGAAAUUGGCACAAAGCUAAGAAGACUCUUUCAAUGCAGGAAAAAUUGGAUUUAAUACUCAAUAAUUACAUUUUACAAUCCACCAUAGAUAACCUUGUCAUGUCUAUGUCGGAUAGACUUUCCGCUGUUAUUAAUUCGAAUGGACAAUCUACAAAGUACUAAUUUUUUGUAUCUGUUUCUGUCCUUAAUUAUUUUUGACCUUUUAUGCGCCCUCCUCCUUUAUACGUCCUCAUACGUAGCCUUUAUUAACUUGGUUGUAAUAUAGGCGUUUCUCGAAAAUGUGACUUUUGUCGAAAAUUAUUUAUUUUUAUCUCAGUAAAUAGUAUUUUCUUAACCAAACUUUGCUUUAUUUCUUUGGCACAUCGUUUAUUUUCCGCUAUGAGACUUUGGGAGCCGUAGUGUUUACCGAUUUUGCGUUAAAGGCGUUAACCUGUGUUAAUUCGUGACAUUUCAUGAGUUAGCACAGGGUUGCAAUAUUGAUUACCAUACAAAAUACUCCCAAGAUAUUAUGGUCACUUCAAAACGCCGUCUUUGGAGGAAAUACCCGGUGGCCGGCAAAAUCUAUACAAAUGGUCUACAGUAGUAGUAUGAAUUUUUCUCGUUGACAUUCGAUGACAGCAUGCAUAAAAAUACUUGUUCUUUUACUCGUGUGGUAGAAAAUUACGUUGUUCGUCAAAUUUUAUACUUGGAGGAAAGAUAUAAAUCGGUUUUAAGAAAGUUUCUACUUAUUAGAUUUUUUAGACAGUGAAAUGGCCGUUCGUAAAACGUCAGGUCUCUGAGCUUACUAGUGUUGCUUGCAAAGUUUGCGAUGUAGUUCAAAUCCAUGGCUUAAUUUCAUGAACCCCAUAGGGUCACCCCUCAGUAGCAUAUAUAAAUAUAUGGGUUUUGCAUACACGGAAAAUAUGCAGUUUGCAGUAAAUAAACCUUGAAUGCAAAUGAAAGUUCAAGUUGGAUUUAAAUCAUUGGGCAUUGUAAAAAUUUCAAAGCCAAACUUUAUCCUUAAUUGAAGCAUAAAAUUAGAAGAAAACGUAACUACCUACCACAUGACUAAAGGAAUGAUCAGUUUAUGCACGUUUUCCUUGGAGUAUAUUGGAAUUUAUAAAGAUUUCAGAAGUAAUUGAGAGAAAUGCAUGCUGCUUAAGUAGUCAUUUUUACAGAGCGUGGUUUUCGCAGUCGACCGAAAGGUAAUUCGUUCAGAAACCGACAUCCAGAAUUGUACUGGGAUUAUGCUGCAUGCUCUUUACUAUUACAAACCUAACUGCAUUAGUCUACUGUCCGAGUCGGUAAAGGCACUUCAAUAUUUUGCUUAACAUUUCAUGAGUUAACACGCCAACUGUAUUUGAAAGAACGAUUCGCCAAAAGCCAGCCUGCAGUUUUAGGACAAAUGAUACUGAAAUUGUGUUCUCCGAAUCAGUAAUAAACCGCGCCGGAGUAGAAUGUUUUAGCCUAAAAUAUGCAUUAUCGGUUCAGUUAUAUAGUGUUUCUGCUGUGCAUGAGUAAUUUGGCUGACAUUUUUCGUCAGGAAGAUCGCGAUGAAUUACUAAUUGAUAUGACAAGAUCCUGAAUAAUUUCCUGUAAAAAUGUCUUUUGACCAAAAGGUUAAGCGGGUAUAAUUGUCUACUACAUGAAUACAAGAAAGACUAUUUUUAUAUGCUGUCCGUAAAAAUACAUUUAAAUUUAAAUUGUUGUCCAACAUUAGAGGGGAAAAUUUAUGCUGCAUAAUAAGACCUUUUGUGGAUAAUGUGGCUUUUAGCCGGUGAGAAGCUAAUGGUGUGGCCGAAACGUUUACGAAUUUUAUUGUACGUUUGGCAUUACAACCCUACUUAAGUAACCUGCCCGAAUCGAAGAAAACCUGCGGAUUUCUUCGCUACGGAGUACAUGCCACAGAAGUAACGGACGUGGACACAUUUAAUAGUGCUUGCUUGAUUAAGCAUAGGUGAUUUCCCCACCAAUGUUUGUGGUAAAGACAGAGAUUUGCAUUUUCCAGUCUGGUACUUGAUGACAGUGCCGAUUUAAGAUAAUUCCCUAGCCUUUCAUACAAUAUUUACUGACACCUGCCAGUCAAGCCUGGCACUGCUAGGUAGACGUUAGAGUAGAUACUACUGCCUUGACUUGGUAGUCAGUCAUCAGAGAAGAUGUUCUCGAGUUUCUUAUCAUUGAAAUUGGAAUCCACUCAGACUUCUUUGCACACUGACCUGGGCAAAGUUACUUCAUUUCAACCUUAGACACAUAGUUAUCGUGUAUAUCAUCCCCCGAGGAAGACAAAGAAGAAAAAUCGAUUUCAUGGACCAGGUAGUAUUCCAACUGACGUUUCGGAAACACACUCGUUUCCAUCAUCAGAGUCGUCCGCUGACGUUUCCUGCUGGCCUUGAUCCGUUCAGUCUUGCCGCCUGCCUCGUAUUAUAACCGUAUUAUAACCGUUUGUUGACUAGCCUGCUUUCCGUUGGCUGAUUGUCGCCUCCCUGAUCUCAGCCAUUGGCGGACUGGCGUGGCUUGUGUCCCCCUCAUGCCUAACGUGGUUGCCGCUGCGUCGGCGUGCUCGUUUGCCUCCCCCUCGGCAGACGGCGGGCUGAUCGAUCUUUGUUCCUCAUGCGUGGUGUUUCCGGCCUCGCGAGUACGUCCGUGAGACGGUGUGCCGCGCCGGUCACGUGACAUUCGGUCAGCGCCUUCUCCUCUCUCCGCGAGCGUCGGUGGUCGACCCCGUGUGACUCUUUUCAUCCGUGCCAUCGACCCUGCCUGGACUGACUCGAGUCUUGCGCGGAGCGCCUGGUAGGCUGGAUGUAGGUCUAUGGCUCGGUUGAGUGUGCCAGUCGAAGACCAACUUUCCAACAUUAGUCUGGCCUUUUUAUCAUUGGCUCGGCCGAUCACACUCGAUUUCUCGAAGGCAAAACAGUGAUUCCGCUUUAGUGUGUGGCCAUACACCAACGACAGCUGAUCCUUGCUGUUGAUUGCUAGCUGAUGCUCCUGCAAUAUUUUGCCGAGGCGUUUUCCCGUUUCACCAACAUACCUGGCAUCACAAUCUUGGCAUGGUAUGCUGUAGACCACAGCUGAUUGUUCUGUCACCGGGAGCGAGUCUUUGGGCCUCAUAAUUUGCUGUCUGAUUGUUGAUGCGGGUUUAUAGGCCACACCAAUUCCAAAAGGUUUCAGAAUUCUCGAAGUUGCCUCUGAAACGUUCUUCACAUAGGGGAUCGAGAGCCAGAGCUUUGGUUUCUCCUCUUUCGACCGCCCCGAGUUAUGCAUAUUUUCGAAAAUUGAUGAAUUAUAAACCAAAUAAAUAGAGGAUUUAUGGUAAAAGCAAUUACUUUAAUUGUGUUGCAUUGUGAGCAAACGCAACUGCCCCAUUUGCAGUAGUGUUUUCAGUUUAAACGGUCAGUUGCAUAGUAAGGACGCCUGUAACCCACAAUUGGACUGUUAGUGCUCAGAACAAUAUUGAUACUAAACGCAACCCUUAUUUAAGAAGUAAGAAAUGUGCCCUUUUAAAGGGUAUAAAACUCGCAGUUUUGGACUGCGCAGUAUAACUACAAACAAAAUAUGUUUUUACAUAUAGUCGGCAUCCGACCGCCCCAAAACAGUGCAGGGAAAUCAGUCCGCAAAGUGGAAAUCUCGAGAAAAACAAUAUUUCCUCAAAUGCCAUGUGGGGCUGGGGUAUUUCUAUUGAAACCUCCGCACAUACUAUAACUAUCUUAAUACAAGCAUGGAACAUAAAAAACGAAUCUUGUAACAAUCGGAAGGUGGCACUCAAAAAUUCCGUUACCGAUGAGAAUAGGCCGGAGGACUGCAUGAGUGUUCGUCCACAGGCUGAUGAAAGGAAUAAAAUAAGGGUAUUUUACUGAGGGCCAGAAAACUUUAAAAGCAUACAAUCCUAGACAGACGGCGUCAACAGUUAAGCAAUUUCACAACAUGGCAACUCUCGUCGGGGUCAAGUGCGGCGAUGUUUUCAAUCACGUACUCUGUGUUUAUUGAACGAGCAGUUUUGAAAGCGGGGAUAUGAAGGCAUAGGGUCAUGAACAGCACAACGUAGAACGUUUCCUUUAGCCAACAGCAUUUCGCUUUCAAUCCUCUAUUUAAAAAAGCAAUUUGGCAGGGAAUACGAGCUGGAUCGACUUCAUAUUAUCUGCUUCUUCAAGUAAAUCCGACACCGCGCACAUUUGUGUUGCCAUGUAGUGAUGAGGUUAAACUUUAUCGUUCGAAAAGCCAUUUCUGAAAAAACUUCUUAGUAUUAUUUAUAUUUAUCCACGCAAUCGAAGGCCCCACUCGUAAAACCCCUAUUACCACCUGUCCCGUAAGACAGGCCGGAUUUUUUUGGAUGCCAUCUUCCAAUUGUUACCACGAAUUUCUUGCAGAAGAGUAAAGACUUCCAGCUUGGAUGGGAUAUGCUGGAGUGCUUGUCAAAACUCUUCUGUCAACGCCAGCUUACCAGCAUGUUUACGUCGACGUGAAACUUUUUUAUCAAUCUGCCAUUAGCAUCAGACAGGUAGGUUUUUAAAUAUGAAAACAUUUCGGUAAACAAUGGGAUAAAAGACCCAAAUCAGCCUUAUGUAGACCGUGUUUUUUAGCUGGUGUUUAUACUUGUGGAAUCUAGUUAAGUUCGGAUGAUUGGCAGUUGGAUGCCGGAGUAAAGAAAUAAAACACGAAGAUCAACUGAGAAUGAACUGAGAGCUAAGGAUCAAGUUUCACAUGCAAGUUAAUUACGCGUGCAUUUUAUAGCAUGUUCUCUGUCAGUUAAUUAUCAUGCUACGUCCGAUAGGAUCUGGCUAGUUUUACGGCAGCUGAAAAAUCUGCAAGUCGAACAUUUCUGUCCUCCAGAAAUGUGAGAAGUGCUCAUUUAUAAUUAAUAUUACAUAUGCCAGUGAGCAUUAUUCAAUGUAAUGCAAGUUUCGGAGCCUUUUCCGAAAACUUCAGUGUUGAGGGAACUUCCAGGGAAUCAUGCAUGUAAUCGAUUCGGCAAAUGCUCCAGAAAUAACCGGGCAAACGCAGUGGAUUUUAGCUCAUGUUGAAACUGCGCCUGCUCUUUGCAUCGAAUAGAAGGUUAAAUUUGAAUCAAAGAGUAAAAUACUGUCCGCCUUGAAAGAUUUCACCACCGAUAAAUAUAUCAAAAUAUAAUCUAGGUAUGACGCAGACAAUAGCCGUAGCAUUCAAAUUCAGGAGGCAUGCUGUUUGGUUAAAAUAUAACCAAAAACGCCUUCAAAAUGCACAUCGCCUGUUCGCUGCCAGUUUUCGCAUUUCUCCACAACAGCAGACAGCAUUGAAAGUUUUUGUAUAAAGCACAGUCGGCUGACAAAUGAUCUCUAAUCUACUCUGCAUCGCAGACUGCAUCAGACAACCGUCCUUAUGGGUGCUACUGAUUUCUUUCGAAUGCUAAAUAAGAAUCCUACUAGUGGAGUACAGUCUGUUGAGUUCAGUAGUCAAUUUUUAAGCCCCGCAGUAUACCCAAAAAUCAGACGAUCAGGGAGAGACCCCGCACCUGGGUGUAUAACCGGCGCGCCAACAUUCAAGGAUUUCAAAGAAAACUUACAGCAUGAGAUUUCCCAUCAAGUGUACUGCUAAGUAGUGCUUUUUAAAUCACUAGCGACAAAAGGGUUUUUAUUUCCUUGCACAGCUGCGGUCCUUGCGAAAGGAGGAAUAAGAUUGCGCAGUAGUUGCUUUGAGAAUUGUCUCUUGUGAACUCUGCCUGAUAGACCUACCAGACCCCGGAAAGUGCUGUCGCCUUUGAUGAGUUGCAUUUCUGACCGCCAUGCCCAGAAGUAAGUCUUCUCUCAUUUCGGUUUGCAGGAACCACCAAUGCAACAACGCCAUCUUAUUUGAACACAACCGCUUUUGAAAUCGGUAAGCAACGACUUUACUCAUGGUUUAUAAAGGUGUAUUUUGCAGUUAAAUUAUUUUUUUAAAAGACGUUCCAAUCUCCAAUUAACUUUCAUAAUCACAGCUCUACGAGAUUCCGUAAUCUAUCUUUCAGAAGAGGAGGAACAGGUGACAGAUGAAGUGGACUUCAACAGCUUAGAAUGUAUGUCGACAUUUGUUCACUAGAGGGGAACCAAAAUGGAACAAUUUCCUUCUACACACUCCUGCUUUUCCUCUCGUCUUAGGGUCUAAAAAGGUUGACUUGAAGGAUGUCUUCAGCACUAUAUGCGAAAGUACGUACAUGUCGCAUUCAAUGACUCAAUAUGUAUUUGUGACUACAAUGCCCACAACUAUUAUUUUCCUCAAUUUCGAUUUCAGGAACCACCAAUGCAACAACGCCAUCAUAUUUGAACACAACCGCUUCCAAAACCGGUAAUCAACGGCUUUUCUUAUGGUUUAUGAAGGUGUAUUCUGAAACUUAAUCAAAUUGUGAAAACUAGUUCCACCUCUGAUCCUCUUUCAUCAGUGUAUCUUUAUGAGAUUGCGCAAUCUAUCUUUUAGAUGAAGACGAACAGGUGACAGACGAAGUCGACUUCAACAGCCCAGAAUGUACGCCGAAAUUUGUGUAAUAGAGGAAAACCAAACUCCGACGAUUCCCUUCUACACAUUCCCGCUUCUUCUCCCGUUUUAGGGUCUAAAAAGGUUGACCUGGAGGAUAUUUUCAACACUGUAUGCGAACGUACGUUUAUCCCGCCCGAGCACGUUACAAAGUCGGCCAUAAUCAGUCUUGUUCUCAAUUCUCGCUCGUAAUCGUGUACACGACCUGAUUUGUGGUUUUGUAGACCCAUACAUGAACCAUGCAUACAUUUUGCAUCUAAAUCGCUUCUGAAGACCUUUUUAACCUAAAAUUCUCUUUCAAACGCCCAUUGCUAUGAGAUUACGUAAUCUAUUGCCUACAAGAGUAGGAAUAGGCGACAGACGAGGUGGGUUUCAACAGCUGAGAAUGUAAGUCGACAUUGGUACAGUAGUGGAGAAUCAGACUGAAAUAAUUUCCUUCUACGCAUCCUUGAUUCCUCUCUUCUUUUAGGUACUAAAAAGAUGAGCUGAAAGAUGUUCUCAGCACCGAUUUCAAGCAUACGUUUAGGCUCCUUGAGCUGGCUGCACAGUCGGCCACAAUCGGCCUUCUUUUUUCUCCUGCUCGUGAUCGUGUAUACGGAGAGUUUUGUCUUUCGUAGUCCCAUACAAUAACCAUCCUUCGAAAACGGAAAGUGUUGCUGUUGAGCGCAGCGUCGAACUGAGAAUAUUUUGAUAUUUGACUAGUAGCAGGCCUCUGUGCAGUAAGCGGGAUGUAGGCCGACAAUGCCCGAUUAGAGUUCGGGUGGAUUAUACUGUUCAGACGGCCAAGUAAAAUCAGCUGCCAUGAAAGGUGAUCUCAAAUGCACUUACACGUCGAGAAUGAUGUUCUCCAUCUUGGUACACAUUCACACACCCACUAUGUAUGGAGGAACAUCUUCGUUCAUGUCCUGAACACACGACGCCACAUAUACAGGUAGUUGAGCUUUCAAAUUUCUUGCAUGGAAAAUGUAGUUUAUUGGGACAGAUCAUUUACAUCGAUCGUAGUGAAAAUGCGAUUCCCAGUUUGUAAAUCAAAAGGGAAUGAGGCGUUCACCGGGAGAGAUGUAUUGGGGGCUUGACGUUUUGGAUGUCCACCAACUGCUCUGUCAACCGCCACAUCAAUUUGCCUCCCCCAAUCAGACUUUACGAACCUUCUUAACGGGGGACAGUCAUCGCGCGAGACAAUUACGGCCGUCAACUAUCUCCGCGGCCGACGAGGGCAGGGGCGAUUCAGGUCACGGUGACAUGCGGGUCGGAUGCAGCCACACAGGCGCCAUUGGCAGGACACACAUCAAAUAAAAUGCGCCAUAUAAGGAGAGCUGUGCGCAUGACUUCCCAGUCUCUGAAGAUGAGCAGACGAAAUGACUACUCGAAACGUCAGACUCCCAAUACGCCUCUCCCGGUGAACGCCUCAUUCUCUGUUGACAGAUCACUUGCCUGACGCGCGCAACGGGAGCUUUUUAUGUUGAUGGUAAAAUUGAUAUUCGAGGCGUCUAUUUUUCCGAGUAAACUGUCGAUACAUGCGCCAUGCAGCAUUUUAUCAGGGUGCGUAAUUGUUUGCUAUGCCAUAAUCAGCAAACCAUUGCCCCUUCAGCCUAUUAUGCAUUGGCAGUCCUCUGGCGCCUGCUUCUCUCCCGGCAUAUGUGCUUUCGCUCACGAUGGGUAUAGGGGUUGUCAGCAUGCCUGCACAGUCGUCCUCACCCUUCGAAGCCAUAGGGUUCUGUUUCCGGUUAAGGCUCAAGUCAAGUGUUUGUUUUGGACAAGGGGGUGCGGUGGUAUGCCUAGGUGCGGGCCCGGCCGGGCCAACCACAUGUGCCCUCUCCCCCCUCCGUUCUUCUUGACAAGUGGAAGCCUGUCCAACCUCCCCCUUGUCAAGGGCACUAGAAAUGGCAUGCAUUUGAUAGUCACACUUCUCAUUCCGAAGGCAUCAUUACAUAGAUUGAGGAAUCUGUAAUGUACUAUGAAGUCAAGUUAAUCUCAACAAUUUUGUUGAGUCAGGUGGGCGGUCACAAUCUAGAACGCGGACUGCUGUCUUGCAAAAUGUGCACGGGGUUGGCUUGCAUGUAAGGCUGGUUAUUGGGAGGCCGACUUGCUCUGAAUCUACCUCACUGUUAAGAUGACCACAGAUAGGCGCCUGUUCUGGAAAUGAAGAAAUUGAGAAGUUUUUCUGAGGGUGAAACAAACGAUCCGGUUUAAUUCAAGAAAACCUCGAAUCACACGAUCAUGCAUGGGCGAUAACGAACAUAUUAAGAGAAAGCAGUCGUUGCGAGAGAAAUUAAGCACAGCGGAUUUAUUAUUUGGUAGACAUGGAUGAUUUGCUGUUAAAAUAAACUUGUCAUCUGGACCAGUUGACUUUUCGAACACAUCCACCAAAUGGUGUUUACUUUAGGCGCGGUGUCCGAGAUGACAUAGAGACAAACCAUGAUUGGCAGAAUGUCAUUACCGAGAAAGGCAAGGGAGACUAGAAUGGCCAUUUCUGGCUUAUUAGCCGUCGUCAGCCAGUCAUACCCAAAGCCCGAAUUGUGGAACACCCGAGGCUCGAACUCGCGACCUGUUAGAAGGCCCCGCCUCUGACCACUGGGCCACAAACCCAUUGCCCUGUCGGUUUCGAUCGGUAAUAUACAAUGGUAGGGGGCCCUCACCGAUCGUUCUUACGGAACUCACUCUUUCCGUUGUGCUUACCACGUGUAGACACCGUCUAGCCCGAAGAACACAUCCUUUGGCAAAUGUAAACGAAGUUUGGCUUCAACGCACAUGCAUAGUAAUCCGCAAUGAGACUUGCCAUGCAUACGGUGUGUGUGGUCCCAAAAGGGUCACGCGGCAGAUGCGUCGGACCAACACACAGGAGCCAUAUCUGAUCUUGGUGGGCGUUGUCGGAGUGCGCAUAAUUACAAAUGUCAAUAUUCGGGGUGCGAUGGCAAGUCCAGGUACCGGCCCGCAUCACCCACAGUGAGAUCCCUGCCACCACCACUUCUGUCUUUGUUUAAAAUCCUAGCCAAAUUGUGUUUCGUUGUGUGGACCAGGCGGUUGGGUAAUUGAGCGCCAAGGUGCGGACUCGUCCGCUACAGUGAGUGACCGAUCUCAUGAAAUAUUGGCUGAAAUUCUGAAAUGCGUUUUCUAUUAGGAAGGAUAACUUGGUCGUGGUUAUAAUACUGACUAUUUUAAGGCAUACUCUUUUAACAUUUUGGACUCGACAGGAUGUCGGCUAUUAAAUGCACUUCUUUUCAAUCUAUUCUAGAAAGUGUGUUCGGUAAAAAAAAUGACUUCACAUAUUGCAUGCAUUUCCCCCAUUGAUUUUCGAUAGUCUUGGAAAUUCAAAUAUAUUUCAUAGGAACCAUAAACAAAAAUAUGCUUUCUUUUAGUCAAUCAAUAGAGAAUUACGUCUUCUUUAUAUUUUAUACUUAAAGAAUGAGUAUAAUUAGGUGUUAAAAAAGUUUUCUAAUUGCUGAAUAAUUUGGAGCCUGAUCAUUCGAUGCAUUAGCGCUUAGUGAUUUCACUCUACAAGGUGCAUGCGUUCCACGUAAAGAAAAUCACAUAUUUUUCUAUGCCGUUAAAGAAAUAUCAUAGAGAGUCCAUAAAAUAUUGCAAUGGAUGCGGACCAUGUUGAACAUUUCAUGAGGGGCAGUGACAAACGGCCAGGUACGAUGCUAUGUGAAUGGACAUUUCGCGUUCUUAAAAGGUCUCAUAAUUAGAAAAUAUUGUAAACUCUAAUUAUGCUCUUUUCUUAAGUAUAAAAUAUAAAGAAGACGUAAUUCUCUAUUGAUUGACUAGAAGAAAGCAUAUUUUUGUUUGUGGUUUCUAAAAAAUAUAUUUGAAUUUCCAAGACCAUCGAAAAUCAAUCGGAAAGAUGCCUGCUACAUUAGUAGUCAUUUUUUUACCGAGUACGCCUUCUAAAGGAGAUUGAAAAUAAGUGCAUUUAAACGCCAACAUCCUGCCGAGUCCGAAAUGUUAUAAGAGUAUGCCUUAAGAUAAUCAGUAUCACAACUGCGACCAAGCAAUCCUUCUUUAUAGAAGGCGCAUUUCAGAAUUUCAGCCAACAUUUCAUGAGAUCGGUCACUCACUGUACAUCCUUCUGUGCCAUCCCUCGCGUCCGGCCUUCUUGACACCGGCCCCAGGUGGGGAGAAAGGCGUGCGGUAGAUGCUGCGCAUGCCCGCACUCGCUGUAAACUAACUCACGCGAAAGUUGCUGUGCCUGCUCCCACCUCGCUAGGGAGCAUACGGUGGAUAUCUUCAGGCUUGGCGGUCAAAUUGUUGCGCGGAGAUCAUGAAACUCAGGCGACUGUUCUCAGUUUCAAGGGAAAAAUAGUGCCUCCAAAGAGGUUUCGAUAAUUUAAGUAGACAUGUUGAUAGGUGAUCGCAGAACUGUUGUGCGUCAACGAUGGCAACUCCCACAGCGUUACAUGAACACUAGGCACUUAUAAGGGUGUAAAUAGGAGUAGUUCUAAAGGGAGCAUACGAUUUCAUCGCUCUCUGACAUUCGGUAUCGCGAAGAUUUGCUUUUGUUCAUAAUGGCAAUGGCCAGAAACAUAAUGUGACCCGUUUUGAACUUCAGGCACCGUGGAAUUCACGACGCCGGAAUAUUUGACCACAAUUGGUAAUGCAACUAGUGGUAAUAUUAUGUUUUACUGCAUCGACGUUUUUCAUCUAGUUUAUGAAUUUCGCGUUAGAAAGGAGAUUAAUAAAUUGUCCGUAAAAACAUUGUUCAUUUCCAGUUACUUUACGCGGUAGUUUUCUUGUCUUAUCGUUAGGUGGUCCGUCCUGUAGAACGGUAACAACAUGUGACAGACGAUUUGGGUAGCGCUAGAAACGUCAGCUAAAAUGUUGCCGAUACAAGCGGACAUGCGGGUUCCAGGAGUUAGUUGAUAAGAAGAAGAGACGAUCGCUGGAACAAGGGCUUUAUUCGCCCGACGUUUCGGAUGCUCAGCUUUACCCACGUUUCAGCCACUGUCGCUUCUUCGACUUUUUCUUUCCAUCAGUUAACCUGUUGUCUAUUCCCCCACCCUAGGGGCUAGGGUGGAUAAACUAACGUCGGCUUUCAAUAGUACUCGGAAACGCAUGUUCAUGUCGUUGGUGCUGUUUCACUGUGUGUCAAAUUCUUCUUCAAUCUUUUAAACGUUCACGACCAUUGAACUGACAUGCAUCUGGCACCUAAUUAUUUUUAAGAUGGGGCUUAUUUUAGACGUCAACUUCGGUUUAGGUGAGACAGUGUAUACUUAGUCUUUUGUUGAUGCGUGCCUUUUACACGGGAGAUGCGGGUAUUAGUUAAAAAAGAAUGACAAGUCACAGCUCAUGCUCCAGGCUAUACUAUGACAAAAACACCAUGUCUCAAAUUUCAUCGAGACAUGACAUCAUGCAAAUUUUUAACUUAGACAGCGCCCAGUUUUCAAGGGUAAUUUUGCUCAAAAUUAUUUACUUCCAGUCCAAUCCGCAUGUAGAAAUUAAAAUCUACUGAUUCGAUUGACCACUUUCGUUUUGUGGUCAGCCUGGGUGUUACCAAAAUUUCUCUAAUUGGAGAAGCAAAGAAGUUCCCGAUUCGUUUGAGUGUUGGCUUCUCCAGGCGUGAUUCCCUGCCAAGUGUCCGUUCUUGUCAAUUUUUCAGAAUAUGCAAACACCACGAGGGACUCACACUCGGACGCUACGGACUUGGGUAUGUGAAUAUAUUUAUGACUACAUAUCUGCGUUUCCUUCCCAAAAUGUUCAUCAUUCCCUAUUUCCCCCGAUCCUACCUUAAAACGACGUUCUUAUAUUUUUAUAUAUUCCCACAUUAAUUAACUCACGCUUUUUAAAUGUGAAAUUCUUCGAAUUUUUGUUAUUUUCCGAUGAAUUAUGCAGGUGGCCCUCUGUCUUGAGUGUCGACAUUUAUGCUAUUUUGACCGUUUUAGCGCCCUAUCCAUCCGCUUCGUUUUGUUGGUUUCUGAUGCUAAAAGUGAAACAUUAAAAGUGCUCUUCGAAUGUGGCAUUAACAUUUGAAAAAAGGGGUAAAAGAAAUAUCUCAUAUAUAACUGGAAUCAAAACAAAGCAUAUUCGGCAUAGAAGAAUUUGUGGACCAGGUAUUUAGUUUGUAGAGGCCCUUACGAAUGGAUGGGCUCCAGGAAUAUUGUUUGAUUUUUCAAAUUUGCUAAGCCUCCACCAUUUAGGCGGGUGACAUUUUUUUAUCUUAAUUGCAAGAGUUAAUGUUCGGUCUUCAAAUGCGACUUUUCUUAAGAGCUGAUAAUCCCGGGGUUCUUGGACAUUUAGGCGAAAUUUGACCCAAAAGUUUAAUGUCUUGUAAUCAAAACUGAUGCCCUUUCAGUACGAUUUCUGCUAGAACAUUUGAUUAAUCUCCGAACAAUACUAUGACUCUAAGCUUUCUUGAUGUGCUUGCUGAUGUAAAUUUUAAGCAGAGGCGGUACUGGUUCAAUUAAACACCAGCGAGAGUUGACCAGCUUUUUAUCGCAAAAUCCGUGUUAAUGAACCUAAGCGUCCGGUCACAUACCAACCAGAGGUAUCUGCAAGAUCCGAAGCUAUGCUUUUCCUGUCCCAGCGCUGAAAUCCGCAGUUGUCCGGUGGAUGCUGAAAUCGAGGGCAUUCAACCUCGCAGAAAAAUUGACUUCCAUCAGUUCUGCUGCGGAAAUGACCAUAGCCGCAGUGGUUCGUCAGUACACGAGAAAACCGCUUCGCAAACACCCACAAAGCACUCGAUAUUCAAUAAAUUUCACUAACGCUUUUUGAAAUUAACUGUUAAAAAAUAAGUGUGUAACUUAGUCCUGCCAAAAUAAACUCACCUUUUUUAUUUUUCACGAUAUCUGGUUCAUUUCAGACGAGGUGGACGAGGAGGAGGGGGAGGAGAAAGUGGAGAGAAUUGAGUUUAACAAGAAAGAUUGUAAGCAUCAUCGACUAACUCGCAUUUACAUCGUUAGAUUACCUCUGUCCUUUUGCUCAUCGUACCUUUCUUUUGAACACUAGGGCGGCUUAAAAUAGGUCUUAAUCAGACUGUCGAGCAGAUUUGUAAUGGUAAGUCCGUAGCGCUACAUCUUUAGGAUCGUUUCACACGUUUGGUUGACGCCCAAAUUAAGUUACUUCUUGUGAAACACACAGAAACAACAACAGGUAAGCAAAAUGCAUUUAAACACACUUUGUUGCAUUUUCCAUAUCUCUUUAAUUAGAAUCAAUGACAUAAGAGUUGUAUUCUCAUGUGCGCUUUGAUAGGUCUGGUUUGUAAGUUAAAUCGGUCAUGAUGAGAAGAAGCAACAGUUGCCUGUUCACUUAUGGAGGCAGAUCGUGUACGCACAAGAAAACGUCAUUGUUCCCUUUACCGCAGGUUGCAUGCCUAUGUAAAAAUAGAUUGCUUUAAUAUUUACAAAGGCGCCUAAUUCUACAACUGCAUAUACAUUCCUCGAAUCAUUAAAUGAAAAAUGUUAUUUGGAACGGCGAAAAAUUAAAGUUUUUAAGACGACACCCACAAAAUCAUUCGGCGCAUCUUAGAUAUUAUCUGAAUAAUUUUGCUCGUUAAGAAACAUCAACGACGGAGACAACAGAAGAGACGACAAUAGAAACGACUACAGGAUCAUCAAUAACAACAGAAUCAACAACAACAACAACAGGAUCAACAACAUCUACAACAUCAUCCACAAGAAAAAGCACUACGAGGAAGAUUAGUACGUACCUUGUUCGUUUGCAGAAUUCCUGUCACGGCUAUGUGGGUCGGCCAUACAUAUACGGUCAAGGGGUUUCGUCCGAAAACCAGACUUUUAAAAAUAACUCAUAGCGAAAUUUCAACAAGGUCUAUUUGGCAGUUAUGUCAGCAGAUUUAAACCGCGCUAUGUUUGAAAACAACUAAACCCUGUAAACCAUCAUUUCUGCUCAGAGUUCACUUCGUGCCCAGUUAAUUUUGCGUGCAAUAACAAUUAAACAUUUGCUCAUGUGUUUGUAUUUCAAGCUGUUUAGUCACCUGCGGUUGAAUAGACCAAAAUGAAUGUUUUCUAUUCAGUGGGAGUAUUGCUCAUAAUUUGAGUAAUAUGACUCAUUUAUUCCUGUGUAAAAUAACAUUUUCUACCGCUAGAAUGCAAAUCUUCCUGAAGUUUUUAACUUGCAAGCCCUUGGCAUUUGUUAUAUAAAUUUCAAAGGACAAAUUACUGAUACAACUUAACUGAUAGAUAGUAGGGCUGGUUUUGUUAUGUCGCCUCCUCAGCUUAUCAACUGUAAGAUUGUAAAAUCGUCCCCAUUAAAGAGGUCUCAACCGUCAAAGAACUUUUUUUAUUUUCAUAAUUUGACAAUUAUGUCUUCACUUAACAUUUAUUGCAGCAGAAACUAGUGUAUUUCAACCACACUUUCCAUCUUUGCCUGUUGCCAGUUUGGAAAACACUGGGUGGAUUAGAAGGGGACUCAGAAAGUGUUUUUGUGUACAGCUUGCUUAAAGGAAUUGAAGACGUGUGUUAACACAUAUUUGUGCGGUCGUAUGCCGCAUCAAAACAUGUGGCACAUGUUAAGACACAUGUGACCGAUUAUGUAUCACAGGGCCAUGUGGUCGAAAUUCAAUUCAUAUUCGACAUUAACAUGCUGAGCCCUGGAUGACUUUUGUGCAAACAUCUAUGAAUUACGUGAGCCUAGCGGUCAUCUGGUGGAUUCUAGGAUGAUUUCUUAGGAAACCCUGCUUGGCCAGUCAAAUAACUGUAAAAGGUUUGGUGGAUUCUAGACGUUGCAGUAGGUUAAACGAUUAACCCGUCCCAAAUGUGAUCAAACUCACGUCUUCCGUUGGCGUCUUGAAGCUUACGUGGCUAGAGGGUUGGCUUGCUGUCAUGGGUUCGAAUCCCAUCGAGACACAGAGUUUUGCACGAUUUGGUCAAUAUCGGAUUCCAAAACAGUUUCCUCAAAGAAAGAAACUUUUUUUUCGGUGCUUACAGUUACGGUUCAUGCUUUUCCCAUAUACAAAUCACUGCCUAAACCUGGUAACCCAAAUUAAGCGCGUCACCGCUACAUCCUAAGAUACUUAAUGUAGAUUGAAUUCCAUAAGAUCACCUACACAGUAGCAUGCUGAAAUUUGACUGGGCGUCAUUUCUAAUGAAUGAAUAGUUAACAUCCUAAAGUUAUUCUGCAUACUCAGUUCGAACUUUCAGUUUGAUAAUUUUAACCAAAAACUAAUCUUGGUUUUAUACAACCUAUGUUUUUGAUAAGUCUCAACUUUCCUAAAUUAUAUUCUUUAUUAGUAGCAUUCUACUGUGCCAAGAAAACUGCAUCUAGAAAUUAUGUCUUGUCGACGGUUAUUUGUCCACAUGCACUACUAAACAUGAAAAAAAUUGUUCCUUUUUAAGCGACAAAGAAGCCUGCGGAUGACGACGACGAUGACGAUGAUGACAGUAACGACGCCAAUGAUAUCGGGAACACAAAUAGUUUCUGUGAGUUCAGCAAUAACUGUGGUAUCAGAUAAUAUGUAGGCCUUUUGUAAAUUCACGUCUUCCGUGUGUAGAAUGGAGGUUUAAGGUAUCCACGCUUGAGGGUCGCAUUCAUUAAACAUCUAGAAGUGGGUACUAUUUUGGUUUGAAUAACAAAGCCUGAGAUGGUCAUGUUCGGCUUGUUAGUCGUCGUCAGCCAGCCAUGCCCAAAUACAAGAAAUUUCGGCUUCCAAGGCUGGGCCUCGCGAUCUGUUGAUUAGGAGUCCAACGCCUCUAACCAAUGAACCACAGGCUCGGUGACCCCUCGAUCGCAAUCGGCAAUAUGCAGUGAUGGAGUCGGGCGCUCACCAAUCGUUUUUUACAGAACUCAUCGUCCCGUUGUUCCUUAGGGCUCCAUCUCUCGAUCCCAGCUAACAGUCGCACAGCGGCGUAUGAUAUAGUCAGUAUGUUAUUACAAACAAAGGCAAAGGAGACCGGAAUGGCUAUUUCAGGCCUAUUAGCCGGCGUCAGUCAGUCACUCUCAAUCCCGAAGUGUGGAACACCUAAGGUUCGAUCUCGUGAAUUGAUCGUUAGAGGGCCAACGCUUCUAACCAGUGAGCCACCGGCCUGUUUUCCUGACGGCGGUACGCACAGAUCACGUUGAGAAACUUACUCGUCCCAUUUUGCCUUGGGGUUUCCCGAGAGUCCUUCCAGCAGCCACAACCUCAGUGGGUUAUGCUGUCCACCCAGCUUUUUCGCCGACUCCUUGGCCAUUGACAUCUGCUGUUCGCCAAACCUCUUGAUUAUAGGAGUGGUUUACAGCGUGUUCAAACCAUCGACAUCGGUUUUAUAUCCUGGGGCCGGGUAUGGUUGGCUUACGGCGGCCCCAGUCUUCAUUGUCUUUGUCGUUAAGAACCUAUACAACGCGACUGUGUGACUGCUGGUUGCGGUCGAGAGAGAGCCUCAGAACGAAGCUGAACAAGUAACGCCGUUUUGCAAUUGGUUCUCCCCUCCCCCAUUACUGUAUUAGCUUUAAACUAUAAAAAAUUACCGUGCUAAACGACAUUUAUUCCUAAUAUUUUAGCCAAAAAAGGUAAGUUGCACAUAUACAUUUUCGGGAUGUUUAUGUUCUACAUUAACUGAGUUUUCACCUAUUUCAUGGUAAUAUAUAUGGACAUAAUAUUUUUACUAUUACAGAACUAUUCCCAAUCAAUGACAUACAAAUUUGAGUACAGAAGGGCGUACAUUGAGUGACAACAAUAAAGCAUAAAAAAUACCACGUGUGAAAUACAGUUUAAAUAAUCCUGACAUGUGUAUAUUAGAACAAAUCGAACAUAUGCUCAACUUGAAUUGUUGGAAAGACCGCAUGAAAAAUUCUUAACGUUAAUAAUGCUUGAUUAUGCAGUUUCUUUUGCAGACGCAGGUUAAUUUUCAUUGCUUCAGCAAUCUAUUACGUUCAGUAAAAUGCUUAAGAACUGACCGCUAAAUACCCAAUCCUAAAGGGUUGUAAACAUGACAAACUUAUCAGCAGUUUGUUAAAGUAAGCACACUCUCCGGGUUUGAGGAGAGAGCCUAAUAUAAACGGAUUUGGUCUCCAUCUCAAAAACAAUUUUAGGAGAGAAACUUGGUAGAUAAGAAUUAAUAGUUAAAAAUAAUAAUAAAUAAAUAAUAAUAAAUAAUAAAUAAAUAAAUAAUAAAAAUAAUAGUUAAAAAUCGAAGCAAAGUUAAGCCUUUUAUUUUUGAAAAGUGUGUGUGUUCACGAUAGGGGUUGCUGACUUUUUGUCAUUGAACUAGAAAAAUAAUGGACAGUCUGAAGGUAUUUUACAUAUCUUACCAUUUAGCUCAAUUUAUUUUUUUUCCAUGUAUUUUAUGAAAACUUACUUAAAAAUUUAACACAAAUAACCCUUUUUCCCCAACAGUUCUUGAUCAACUUAAGAGAGCGCUGAAAAAAAUAGCAGAAAGUAAGUCUACUCCAAUCAGCUCAUGAAAUAUUUCUGUUCUCUCAUCGCUUCCCCUUUUUCUCUACAAUCACCUAACUCCCUUCCCCUUUUUGACCUUUAGAACUUUUCAAAAAGCUAUUAAAAAGUAAGUACUCCGUCCACUUAGAUGUCUCAGAGAUUGAACAUAUCCUGUUAUAUGAAUCAUCGUGUGAUCAUAUGCGUUUCGUCAUCAUUAGAAGCUUUUGGCGGCGGCGGUGGUGGCGGCGGCGGCGGUGGUGGUGGCGGAGGCGGUGGCGGUGGUGGAGGAGGAGGCGGUGGCGGUGGAGGAUCAGGAGGUGGAGGAGGGGGAGGAACAGGAGGCGGAGUCGGCGGUGGGCUCGGUGGUGGACUCGGCGGAGGAAUCGGCGGUGGACUUGUAGCUGGAGGUAAUGAACAGAAGUGAAAGACAAGUUAUGUGUAGCUUGUAUUGCAGCAAGACGUCAAAGUCUAGGCAUAAAUCCAUUUCGUCUCAUGCAGAUUUUAUUUUGCGUUCAACAAGCAGUUUGAAGAAAAGGAGUUUUGCGAAAUAUUUGUCUGCGAACUUAUUUCGGAGGUUGUCAUAAGCAGACUUAUCAAGUACACCAAUUUUAAGACAGAAAUUCGUCCCUAUAUCGUGCACUUUUUAUCCCCAGCAUCGCGGAGGAAAGCUGUGAGCAUUUCAUCUCAAACCCUUAUCCCUCUACUCUGCUGA